AUGUCCAUCGGCGCACUGCUGAACGAGAAAGACCUGCAAGCUCUUUCUCGACAAGAGCUCCAAAACCUCGCUCGCACGCACGAAGUGAAAGCAAACUCUAAAAGUGUACUUAUCGUCGAACAACUACUCGCAAAAUUCCCUGAUGGGGUUCCAAGUGUCGCAACUCCAGCUUCGAAGCACCCUGCACGGAAGUUGAAAGUAAGACACUCGGAAGCUUCAGUUCCUGCCAACAAUUCCCCGACAACUAGCUCCCCUCUAUCCUCACCCCCUCCUUCGCUACAAAACUGUGCCCCUUCUGCUCAUGAGCCAAUCGAAGCCAACUCGAAUGCGAGUCCACGAAAACUGUGGCCUCCCGCCCCCCUCGUGUACGAGCAUGGUGAGGAUAUACCUGACUUCGAACCCGAAGAAGAUCCCAAUGCACCAUCCGAAUACUCCUUUGAGACUAACGCAACGCCACGAUCACCUACGCCAACCUCUCCUCAGCCUCCCUGUUCCCCUACUGCAGUCAAGCACGCAGUCGAAACGAUGCGUCAAGUUUCGGAGAAGGAUAACACGUUAUACGCACAAGUCGAAGGUCUGAGAACCCUCGCCGACGAUCUCACUCACCAGGCUACCCAGCUUUCUCAGGUCCUCAGGAGGGAACGCGAAGCUCGACAGAGGAUUUUAACGUACAUGACGCACUACAUCGCUAAUAAUAACCGUUGGGGUGGACGUGUCCAAAACGACCACAUAUUAUCUGAAGACCAAGCCACUGCGGUGAGAGAGGAAUAUCUUCGCAAUGGUGGUCGGGGCUGGAAGGACCAGGGACGCUGGGAGUUUGAAGAAAUCUGGGGUGGACCGAUCAAGGUUGCUCAGAGCGUACUCCCCGUCGGAAAGCGAGCCGCGGACUGGGUGGAAAUCCAGGAAGGGGGUGAGCAGGAGUACUUGAAUAUACGUGCUGAAAUCGAUGAGGAAGCAAGGAGGCUUUACGAGAAGGAUCGACGCGAUGAACUCUGGAGGAAACGAUAUGCGGACCGUGACGGUGAGGAUGAUGAGGACGAAAACCGGUACAGGCCUCGACGACGACUUCGAGCAGUGCAACAACUUGCCACUGAGAGCCUCUAUGGAUUGGGUGUCGUCGAUAAAGGGAAAAGGAGGAUGUCCGCCAACGAAGUCGAAGUAUUACAACAAGAGCAGAGCUUUCAGAGGCUUGCAGAGCAUGACUCUCUGGAGGCGGAAGAACAUCUAGCACGGGAGCAUAUGGAUUGCGAGAUCGCUGCGAGACUCGCGGCCGAUGAAUGCGAUGGAGAAGAACAGGAGGCAGAGCGGGAAGCUAAGAUCCGACAGGCGAGAGAAAUUGCAGUUGAUAAUGCUCGGGAUGCACAGGGCAUCCAUGUUGUCUACGGGGCGGUGAUGAAGGUCGCAGCUGACAUCCUCUCUGGCGUUGAACAAUGGGAUAGUGAGACGCAGGCGAAGAAGCGAAUUGUGCUCGAAAUUGGCCUUGAACGUCUUAAUGUUCUCGCUGCGGAGGAUGCGGCACAUUUGGACAUUGGGAAGCUCGCUGAAUUGGCCAUGAAGACGGUGAUGGGUCGAGAAGGUCCAUGA